CAGUUAAAUAUCACACCCCCCAAAAAAUGUAAAUAUAUGUGGACUGAGCCAUCUAUCACGAUCCAUCCUAAAAGCCACACCCAUGGCCUUCACAGCAAAUUGGGAGUGUGAAACGGGAAUCACGUAAUCACCCGUGCAGGUUAUCACAGGGGAGCAGCUCGUCAGUUUACACAGUGGUAACUCAGUGCACACGGCCAGCCAGACGGGCAGGAGGACUUCCCUGCCUCUUCAUUUACAGUAGCCUAUAGCCAGUUAGCCCGUUUGAGAGUAUAGCCUAUGCGAUUCUAAUUGGGAUAUUUUGGAUAUACUUAAAAUAAAAAAAUACUAAUAUUGUACUUUUAUUUCUCCAAAGGAUGCAGAACUUUUCAAGAAGAUCCCUGGUUCCGGUGCGUCUCCAACCCUUCUGACAGAAGCCCCGGAGAAGAAAUUGGAAGAAAAAAAGAAGACCGUGGGACCGAAUAACAUUUAAUCUUACCUGACAAAUUUUUUUUACCAUGCUCGGAGAGGGAGAGAGCAACACCUUUCCUUCCCCCAAGGACGCCCCCCGCCCGGAGGAGAGGAGAAAGUCCCCGGUGGUGGGUGCAGAUGACCCGGCUAUGGCCGGCAGCGCUAGCCGAUACACCGACGGACUGGGGCCAGACCGCUAUUAUAUCUCACCCCCAUCCAAGCAAACUGGAGACAUGGCGAGUCCAUGCUCGUUAUUCCCUUAUUCUCAGUCCGGUACCGUUUACACGGGUUCCGGUGGAUCGAGAUAUUCGACAUCGCUUCACUUCAGCUCGGUGUUGCCUCCCACGGGAUUCUCCUCGGCGGGGCGCAAUCAGUUCGGCUCGGCCUACCAGUUAGGACAGGGUGGGUGUCUCUACCCUCCAUACAGCACCGGCUCGGUGCCCCUACCCUCGGGCACGGGGGUGAGGGCUCAGGUCUACCUCUGUAACCGGCCUCUCUGGCUCAGGUUCCACCGUCAUCAGACCGAGAUGAUUAUCACCAAACAGGGCAGGCGCAUGUUCCCGUUCCUGGGGUUCAACCUGAUGGGUCUGAAUGUCUCUGCUCAUUACAACGUGUUUGUGGAGGUCACGCUCGCGGACCCCAACCACUGGAGGUUCCAAGGCGGGAAAUGGAUCACCUGCGGAAAGGCGGACAAUAAUAUGCAGGGAAACAAAAUGUACGUCCAUCCUGAAUCUCCCAACACGGGAGCACAUUGGAUGAGACAGGAGAUCUCGUUCGGCAAACUGAAGCUCACCAACAAUAAAGGAGGCAGUAACAACAGCGCACAGAUGAUAGUUCUUCAGUCUCUUCAUAAGUAUCAGCCGCGGCUACACAUUGUAGAGGUGACAGAGGGCUUGGAGGACAUGAGCAGUGACCCAAAGACCCAGACCUUCACCUUCCCUGAGAACCAGUUUAUAGCCGUCACGGCCUAUCAGAACACCGAUAUCACACAACUGAAAAUUGACCACAACCCAUUUGCAAAAGGAUUCAGAGAUAACUAUGAUUCGAUGUACACAGCUCCAGAGGGUGACCGACUGACCCCCUCCCCCACCGGCUCCCACCAGAUCGUCCCAGGUGCUCGCUACGCCAUGCAACCUUUCUUCCAGGACCAGGUCAUCAACAACCUGCCCCAGAACCGCUUCUACAACAGCGAGAGGACAGUACCCCAGACCAACAGUCUCUUCUCCCCUCAGCCAGAGGACAGCGCCUCCCAGAGGUGGUUUAUCUCCAUGCAACAGGGAGGAGCUGGCCCCAACAAACUGGAUCUCAGUUCCUAUGAAGGGGACUACUCUAGCAGCCUGCUCCCUUACGGGAUUAAAUCCCUGCCUCUACAGAACUCCCACGCUCUCACCUACUACCCAGACUCUCCUUUCACUUCCAUGGCAGCAGGAUGGGGCUCUAGAGGAUCUUACCAGAGAAAGGUGACCACGGGCCUGCCGUGGUCCCCGAGACCCAGCCCCACUGGGUUCCCAGAGGACCAGCUGUCUGUGCCUGACAAAGACAAGGCUCAGGGGGAAGAGAUCAAUGGCAGUAGUGUUGGUAACAUAGCUUCAACGUGGACUGAUACUCACUCUUCCACGCCGGGCCUGGAGAAAGCUGACUCUGGGGCCCUGGUGUGUAAAAGGAGACGUAUGCCUCUGAGUGGACCCGGCACAGAGAACUCCCCACUGUAA